AUGGCAGUGAAAAACCCGUACCCGGGGCCACCGACUUUCACUCCCUCAAAAUCUGCUCCAGCAUCUGCCGUUCUUUUCUCCACCGCUCUUGAGUUCACUUGUUCCAUAAAUUUCGUCGUUCCUUGGGCAACGUUUGCAAGAGGCUCCGGAAGUCUUCCCACGUACCAGAGCCCUGACUGCUCACAACAUUACAAGCGACAGGCUUACGGACAUCGAGAACCAUUUUGUUGUUAUCUUUGCGUUUUAUCGCUUACAAUCUAUCGAAUUCAUCUACGUCAAGUGGAGGCUUCUGCCACCGGACUCGCUUCACAGAGCGUCGCCUUCGACAGCGUCAAUAUCAGCGCGUCCAACUUCUGUCCAACAGCCCAUUUGCUUGGAAGCAUCUCCACACCCUCUAAAUACUGCUUUAAGAUCUUUUCGACGUGUCCUAUCUUCAAAAGCUGCUCAGGCAAAAUUUCUGUCUACUUGAGCAUCCUGUCGUCUCCCAUAUACUGUGAAAGUCUGAGUGUUCUGCUUUCCGAUCAUAGUGUCUACAGUCCUUCGAACCUGAUUCGUAUUACUUUUUUUUACCAAAAAAACCGUAUAUGCCCUAACUUCUGGUUUCUCCCAUCCGUGCGGGAUCAUCAAGAACCUAUUGGGCCGGCUGACGCUCUGGCCUGGCCCGAAGUCUCGACAUGUAUCCGACGCAUCAAAGCGGGACCGAUUUUGAAACAGUCGCUGACUGGCAAGCUGAGAUAUGUCUGUAUCCUUGUGCUGACGCAUCCAGCUGACACCCAUCCCAGUUCUCAGAAAUGUCGACUCUCGAUGUUGGUGACAUGGAAACAAAAUGUUUCUCUUUCCUCUCAUUCUCUCUGUUUUCCCACCAUGUUUCGGACUAAUCAUCAUGAGCUGCUCGUUACUCCUUCGCAGACUAUUCUCCAGGCAGCCAAGCGGCUCCCUCCUAUAACGACAGUCACAUUUCGACGAUUCCCAGCGCUUCGUCAAGUUUCGCGCUAG